AUGUCACACGUGUCCCUCAACAGCGAGGGAUCGGUGGAGUACCGACCACCCAUCCCGGGCAACAGCUCGCCCACCGCCAAGAGCGGCGAGGCAACGCCCGAGGCCGAGCAACGUCGACGCGAUCAGUGCAUAAGUCUUGCGCCGGACUUCGCCCGGAGCAGCCUGCAGUUGGCACUGGAGUUGCACGAGGUCAUUCGGGAGUCAGCGGGCUCGCGCAACGCGCUCUUGUCCCCAUUCAUGCUGUCGAGCGCCCUGAUGGCGCUGUACAACGGCUCACGGGGCCACACAGCGGAGCAGAUCGCGAGAGCCGCCCACCUGCGAUACGACGAACCCCGUGUGGUGUCCUCCUGCCUGUCCGUCUGGCACUCGCUUCUCUUCCCCACGUGGCCUGACAGCAACCGGCGCAACUUCGAGAUACGCCACGACUGCUGCCUCGUCCACGACAAGGGGCUACGGAUCUCCGACGGAUACAAGAAGUGGCUGUCCCGCUGGUGCCGUGUCGAGGCCGAGGAUUUCGCCAACGAUCCGACGGACGGCGUGGUUUUUCCCACACGCAUGACGGCCUGGAUCGGGGCACUCACCUCGUUCUCCUGCAAGACGCCAGAGGACGCCUCCUUCUGGACCGAGUGCUCUCUUUAG